AUGUGCGCCAUGAGAAACCUCCGCAAGGCUCCACCCGUGCCUUCUAGAAAUUCUACUACUUCUCUUCAACUUCAGUUUAAUUCCAUAAAGAAACUUCCAGCCAGUACCCAACAACAGUCUCCAUGUUCUCAAACUAUCCCUACUCUUCAAAGGUACCGUGUUACUCCAUUGGAUCUUAUGAGACCGGUGAAGACAAAAGCUGAAACGGUUUUACUCUAUACAGAGUGGGCGAAUCACUAUUUGCAAAAGGCCGGCUACGAUUGUGUAAUCACAGAUCUGCAAAAUGAUCUACGUGAUGGGAAAAUGCUUGUCAACCUUACUAAUGCCGUAGAUAUUGAUCCAAAAUUGAAUUAG